GACGCCAUCCAUGCCCAUGUGAACACUGUAGACUAUGGUUUGGAGCGGUCUGUGUGAUUGUUUCCACAGUAGAGACAGUCUCCAGGCGGUGUGUGGCACAGUUUACCGCCAAUUUGGUUUCCUUUCUACUUACAAAACGGAUUUCAAUCGUUUGUACUGAUGUAGCCUCAGUAGCUCGUUAACUCACCCGGACUGGUAAUCCCAUAAAUUCAGUUGUAUCGUGUAAUAAGUAACGUUCAUGUCCUCCGACCACCCCAGGAUGUUGACAGCCACUUGGGUGGGGCUGACGCGGAUGACAGUACAGGGGAACACAGCCCGAGGUUAAACCAAACCGCAUAUUUUAUCUCACCCUGGACGGUUGGUCGGUGAAGACAUGACCAAGCAGGAGUCGAAGAAAAGCGGCGUGGCCGCGGUCAACGCAGCCGGCAAGUGUGCCAGCGCCGCAUGCGCCGCCGAGCAGGUCAACAACGGCCCAGUGGAGCCGCGCUGUCCGGAUCAGAGCGCACCGAUCAAAGCCAAGGUGAUGAAGCAGACAUCCAGGGAGAGCCUGCACCGGCGAAACACCGAGUCCGAAGUCUACGACGACGGGACCAACACCUUUUUCUGGCGAGCCCAUACUGUGACAGUGCUCUUCAUUCUGACCUGUGCUCUGGUCUACGUCACACUGUUGGAAGAAACCCCACAGGACACGGCCUACAAUACUAAGAGGGGGAUUGUGGCCAGUAUCCUGGUGUUCCUCUGUUUUGGAGUGACACAAGCCAAAGAUGGACCCUUCACAAGACCACAUCCAGCUUACUGGCGGUUCUGGCUUUGUGUCACAGUCGUCUACGAGCUGUUCCUCAUCUUCAUCCUGUUCCAAACGGUGCAUGAUGGGCGGCAGUUCAUGAAGUACAUCGACCCCAAGCUCGGGGUGCCCCUCCCCGAGCGCGACUAUGGAGGAAACUGCCUCAUGUACGACCCAGGCAACACCACCGACCCCUUUCAUAACAUCUGGGACAAGAUGGAUGGCUUUGUUCCAGCUCACUUCCUGGGAUGGUAUAUCAAGACGCUGAUGAUUCGGGAUUGGUGGAUGUGUAUGAUAAUCAGUGUCAUGUUUGAGUUCCUGGAAUACAGCCUGGAGCACCAGUUACCUAACUUCUCAGAGUGCUGGUGGGACCACUGGAUCAUGGAUGUGUUGGUGUGUAACGGUCUGGGGAUCUACUGUGGCAUGAAGACGUUGGCCUGGUUGUCAAUGAAGCCCUACCAGUGGCAGGGCCUGUGGAACAUUCCCACAUACAAGGGGAAGAUAAAGCGUAUAGCCUUUCAGUUCACACCGUACAGCUGGGUGAAGUUCGAGUGGAAGCCUGCUUCCAACCUUCGUCGCUGGCUUGCCGUGUUAGGCAUCAUCUUCAUGUUCCUCCUGGCGGAGCUGAACACCUUCUACCUGAAGUUUGUGCUGUGGAUGCCCCCUGAACACUACCUGGUGCUGCUCCGCCUGGUGUUUUUUGUCAAUGUCGGAGGCGUAGCCAUGAGGGAGAUCUACGAUUUCAUGGACGACCCGAAAUUCCAUAAGAAGCUCGGCCAGCAGGCGUGGCUGGUGGCGGCGAUCACGGUGACAGAGUUCCUCAUAGUGGUCAAGUAUGACCCCAACACCAUCAUGCUGCCCAUUCCCUUCUUCAUCAUGCAGUGCUGGCUUUUAGGAAUCCUCCUCAUCUUCACCUGGACCCUGUGGCGGUUCUUCAUCCGUGACAUCACACUACGCUACAAAGAGACCCGUCGACGCAAACAGGAAGUUCCCUCGGACUGGGACCGCCCUGUGGGCAACGGUAGCACAGCCACCCCAUCCGGACGGAGCAAACUGAACGGCAGCUCGGAGACGCUGCGGCAGAGGAAGUCCUGAGGAGGAGCACGGCGGCUGAAAGGGGAAAAGGACGAGGUUUAACGGGGAAAAGAAUGAAGGAGUAUCGUGAUUCAAAGACACGUGUAGAGGCAAAAAGAUUACAGAUGGACACAUCUACAAUGUGUGCAGUUUAGACUGUUCUUGUGCCUACAUGAACCAAGUAGUUAUUAUACAGAGGCGAGGGGCGGAAGGGGCCAUUUUCAUUGGUUGCAUUGUCUAGUUAUUGUCAUACUACAGGGAUUUACCUCAUUUUAUUUUUAAGAACAUUUUGGGAAUUAUACACAGGAGAAGAUACAUUUUGUGUUAUUUAUAUUUUGCUUUGGAUGUUGGGUGAUGAGGGGAAAAUGAUGAAUUUAAGAGUAAUAGAGGGAGGGAUGGUAGGUGACCAGGGAAGCAGAUAAGACUCUUGACCAAUAAUCGACAGCAGUUUCCAUUUUCUCAGCUGCACUACUUCUUAGAAAACAAGUGUCAGGAACAUGCCCUCCACUGUAAAUAUGCUUUAUUCUUUGUUGUGCAGUCACAUCAGUCCAGAUGAGAAAAUGGAGAGUGCUUGAAGCAGUGGCAAGAGUUUCUGUAGGUGUGAUGUGAUUCCGUUUAUUGUCCCCUGCUAUGCAAUCUUCAGAAUCAACCUGGGACUUUGGUUGGGCUGCUUGGGUAGUAAUAACACAUUUCUGUUCAGGUAAAAGAACAGUCCUUAGGCUUCAAGUUAAGACAGUUUAGAGUGCUCUCUAGUUAGGUUUGGUCCCAGGUUCAUGAUACGUAGUUUACAAGUGGGAGACAAUAUCAGCUCUUCAUUCACAGUUUAGGGUUUUCAUUCCAGGAAGCACUGAGCCUCGAGGUCCUUGUCACUGCUGGGGAUCCUCGCUCAGUCGGACACUAAGAGGAAAACUGGCCAAAGCCGGUCUCUCCUCUCUAGCUUUGUUCUUGAAAAGAACGACAAGUUUGUAAAGAAGAAAAAAAAAUCAAGAUGUACCAUAUUCUAGGUAUUUAACUGCUGAUAGUAUACUACAUAUAUGGGAUAUAGUUUUGGUGUCUUUUUGUAGAUGUUUUGUUAUCACUAUCAUCAUUUCUUUAGGGUAAAUUGAUAAUGAACACUAGAUUGUACUCAAGUUCCUUUUUGUGAAAUGAGGAACUGAGAAAUCUGCAGCACUCUAAUGAACACAUCCACGACAAUCACACUGAUAGAAAGCUGCGCUCCCUUCUAAAGGAGACAUGUUGGCUGACGUUUAACGAACGGCACAAAUCUGGGUGUUCCAACAGGACUGUAACUACAGCUGGGCUCGUUCAGCUCAUUCAGUCACAUCGGAAUGUGAAUUUAAUAAUAACUAAUCCCUUUUAUGCCAAAUGGUUUGUUUUUUUUAAACUUGAAUUUUAUUAAACUGUCAUGUUCCCUUGUUGCCUGAAUAAGCUGAACUAGUCCUAUUUUGAGAGGUGCUAUAGGUUCAGUUGUGGUUUGGUUUGGGAAGGGAACCGAACUUUCCAGCUCUGUGGGGGUUGCCAUAUUGCACAUGCAAUCAGCCAAAGCUUAGAUCUCAUUCUUGCUAAAGCCAUAAAUGCCGCCCAAACAGCUGUUAAACCUCAUUUAGAUUCUUUUUCAUUUCAACUAAAGCAAGCAGAGUUCCAAAGCUAAUGGGGUCAGCGUACUUAAUAUUACAAGAGGAAAAAAGGACACCAGGAAGUUAGAUUUUUUUAAACCAAAUUUAGGUAAUGAAGGUAUGUCCAAAAUUAGAGACUCCAACUCUUUGAAUUCAGAUAUAAAAUUGAAUGUUUUACAGUUUAAAUACAUGAAUGGUUUGUUGUUUUGAUUUGUGAGAUAUAAAGUUGUUAAAUGUUCUAAACUUCUCAUAAUGAUACAAAUUAUUGGCUUUACAUUGAAAAAAAAAAUCCGCAUUCAUUCCUUGUUUUGAUGACAUUGUUCUUCAUCGUCCAGAUGAAUAACCAAAAAAAAAAAAAAAAAAAAAAUCCCGCCAAAAAGCUUCAGUCUGUGUCCUGUUCAGGUCUUGUGGCUGUCAGAGAUCAGUUGUACAUUUCUGUGUGUUAUUCAUUGUGUCCCAGUGGCUACAUAGUUGAUGACGAAGUAGACAUCUAUGAAUCUAGCUCCAAAAUUGUCCAGUUGUAAACUAGGCUGAUGUUUAAUGAUGCUAUAGUAAUUUUCUUGUGAAUGUAAUCCAGCAGAAUCUGCUGUUCAAAUCAGAGGGUCUCAUCAUUUAUCAUUUUUAUUUUACCACAGACACUAAAUCGACAGGUUUGUCAUCUCUGCAAGGCUCAUUCUCAUGCUUAUUCCGGCUGUUUGCAUAUUUCACCCUCUUUUUUGAAUACAGAGAUUUCUGUGCAAAUUUAAAACUGUAGAAACGAUGUGUAGCUGAUAUGUCCAAGUUUGUAAUCGCUUAUCCUGUGCUGUGAUAAUUCAGUUGCUUGAGAACUUAGUAGAAGUUCAGGAAGUUUGCUACAUUCCCUCCACCCCCCUCCCCUCUCCCCUCCUCCCACCGCCUUUAUUUAAUGAAAGCUUUUAAAGCGUGGGCUGGGGAUUCUCAGUGUAACAGUGUUCAUGCCUUGGAUUGGUCAAAGAUUUUAACCAAGCCAGGUCAUGAAUUUGCACAUCAGCUCUGAAAAUCAGUGAGAAAACGGUGAGACUGAAAUCACAAAUGAGCUGUGGAAGGAAAUUAAAAUUGGGCCAAAAAAAAAAAAAA